AUGCAACCAGGGGUUCAGAUAGAAGGAGAGGACAAACGAGCAGAUGUUGUGGAACGUUUCGAGGAUGUGCCAGAAUGCAUGAAGUACUUCUAUAAAGAGAAGGUGCCAGGGUUGGGGGCUUCUACACCCGGCGCUGCCCGCCUCUGCCAGCGCUUUGUCAACAGGUACCACUUCGCCACUCUGUAUGACACCAACCACCGUAUUGCCGUCUACUCUGCCUAUAUUUUCCAGCCCAGCAAUGGAGGUGGCAGGGAGAGCAGGUGGUUUGUUGAGCCUCAGCUGGUAGAUAAGUCCUGGCAAUCUGAGAUGAAGGAUGGAUACUGGCUGGGGAGAGACCACCCCGGGGUCUACCAAGGAGUCAGACAGGCUCUGAAUGAGGACUUCACAUACUCUGGCUUCGACCGUGGUCACCUCAACCCCAACGGACACCAUGCAGUCCCCAGCCGCAAUGCCACUUUCACGCUGACCAACGUGGUUCCUCAGAAUCCAAAGCUAAACCAGAACGCCUGGAGGAUCCACGAGUCCCAGCUCACGGACCUUUUCCGGGAGAAGUGCUCUAAGGCUUUUGUGCUGGUUGGUGCCGUUCCCUCUGCAGACAACUGGAUUGUCAAAAACAAUGUGAAGCGAGUCAACAUCCCAGACUACCUGUGGAACGCCCACUGCUGUGUGGACAACAAUGGCAGACCCAUUCAGAGUGGUGCUGCCAAGGCCAGGAACACGGAGGAAAACAGGGUGGAGAAGCUCUCUCUGGAUGAACUGGGAGAAUUCUUGCAGCAGUUCUCCAGUCAACCAGUAGGGGAGCUGUUUUACAACAACUGCAGGGCAUGA